AUGACAAGUACAACGUACACGUUCUCUAACCCCGGACUAUCCUCACCGGGUGACGACAUUCAGUAUCCGCCAGGCUUCGGGCUCAAGGACGUCGUAGCUUGGGGGAUCACCGGUCUCGUCGUCCUUGACGCGGCCACCAAAACCGUCAUCACGACACCCUUCGACCCCAAGUCCCGCGGUCUCAUCGAGAAGGAACGACAGAUCUACGAAAGGCUCACCAAAUUAGCCAAACACGAGGGGAUUCUGCCAUGCCAGAGCUUGACGGGGGCAGGAUUCGUCUCGAAUACGCCCCGAAUCAUGACGUGCAGUCCUUUAUCCGACGGCAGCACGUCGAUCCUGGUCGCCGUCUCCGCUGGAUGGCUCAGCUCACCGAUGCUCUCGCUUUCAUACACGACGCCGGCAUCAUCCACGGGGGAUGUCACGACUGCGAACGUGUUCUUGGACGAUAAGCUGAACGUUAAGCUUGCCGAUUUUGCGGGGUCAUCCAUUGAUUCGUUGCCGCUCCUCGUCUCGGUCACCGUCGCCUCCCUGGGCAGCUUGGGGCGUAUUGUCAAGACAUGCUGGGAUGGAGGCUACGAUGACAGUAAGGCUUUGGCGAAAGAUCUCGGUUUCAUGGGCUUUGGUAAUCCCUAG